UUGGACCUCCCAUGAUGCACCGCGGGCUGCUGUCACAACAACAUUUCGCCAUUUCAGGUUCGAGGAGGCCGAAAGAAAAUCAACUCCUGCGAGAGAAGAAACCGGGUCAGCUUCACUUACAACACACAGAACAUCUGGUUACUUGUUCCUCUGUCGAACCGAGCCGGUUCUAGCUCUCCGAUGCGUGUUCUCGGGCUGCUGCGGAUGAGUUUGUCCAGCGUGAGCCCGGGCUGAAGCGUCGCCGCGGCGGACGGAUUUUACUGCUAACGGCGGCUAGCGGAGCUGCUGCUAACUGAGUGUAAACAAACAAGGAUGAAGCGGAUCAAAGGAGGAGAGGAGGGCGGCGACAGCUCCUCCAGUAACAGCCCACCGGAGGCUCGCAAGAAGGUGCGUAAGCCGACGAGCGAGGAGUCUGCAGAGGCGGCGGCGGCGGCCAGCGGGUCACCAGAGAGCGACUGGACUCGACUACCUCAGGAACUCCUGCUGCACAUCUUCCAGUACCUCCCGUUGCUGGAUCGGGCUUACGCCUCUCAGGUGUGCCGCGGGUGGAACCAGGCUUUCCACAUGCCGGAGCUGUGGAGAUGCUUCGAGUUUGAGCUCAACCAGCCGGCCAGCUCUUACUUGAAAGCUACACACCCGGACCUCAUCAAACAGAUCAUCAAGAGGCACUCCAACCACCUCCAGUAUGUCAGCUUCAAGGUGGACAGCAGUACAGAGUCUGCAGAGGCAGCCUGUGAUAUCCUCUCACAGCUGGUGAACUGCUCACUGAAGACCUUGGGGCUCAUCUCCACAGCCAGGCCCAGCUUCAUGGAGGUUCCUAAGUCUCACUUCAUCUCAGCUCUGACCGUCGUGUUUGUCAACUCCAAGUCGCUGUCCUCGCUGAAGAUUGACGACACGCCCGUGGACGAUCCGUCCCUGAAGGUGCUGGUGGCCAACAACAGCGACACCCUGAAGCUGCUGAAGAUGAGCAGCUGCCCUCACGUCUCCCCAGCAGGCAUCCUGUGUGUGGCAGACCAGUGUCACGGGCUGAGAGAGCUUGCGUUGAACUACCACCUCCUGAGCGAUGAACUCCUGCUGGCUCUCUCCUCGGAGAAACACGUCCACCUGGAGCACUUGCGGAUCGACGUGGUGAGCGAGAACCCCAGCCAGCACUUCCACACCAUCAAGAAGAGCAGCUGGGACGCCAUGGUGCGGCACUCGCCCAAAUUCAACCUGGUCAUGUACUUCUUCCUCUACGAGGACGAGUUCGGCCCGUUCUUCAACGAGGAGAUCCCCGUCACGCACCUCUACUUCGGCCGCUCCGUCAGCAAGGAGGUCCUGGGCCGCGUCGGCCUCCACUGCCCUCGUCUGGUGGAGCUGGUGGUGUGCGCCAACGGCCUGCGUCCUCUGGAUGAGGAGCUGAUCCGCAUCGCCAAGCACUGCACCCAGCUGUCGGCCAUCGGCCUGGGCGAGUGCGAGGUCUCCUGCAGCGCGUUCGUGGAGUUUGUCAAGAUGUGCGGCAGGAGGCUCUCCCAGCUGUCCAUCAUGGAGGAGGUGCUGAUUCCGGAUCACAAAUACUCCCUGGACGAGAUCCACUGGGAGGUCUCCAAGCAUCUGGGCCGAGUCUGGUUCCCAGACAUGAUGCCGACGUGGUAGAGCGAAGCCACAGAGGCGCACAGAGUUCAGGUUUGUGGCGUAGAACAUCGAUGGCCUCGCGCGUUUGCAGUGAAACGGGACGUGUGGCACCUGACUGCUGUGAAAAAAUGUCGUCACGUCACGCCAACGCCACAUAAAUCUCUGCCUGUUAUCUUCAAAGUGGACCGUGGAAUCCUGCUUCGCCUGCCAGGCCGGCUUCUGCACAUACUGAACGACAACAACACAGACGGAAAGCAAUGUUUUUAUAACCCCAACAUGAAGUCAUAGCCUCGUUAUGAUCACCUACAUUACGAGAGUGUGUGUGUGUUUUGAUGUUUCUAACAUUGUGAAGUGAAUCGCGGUGGUCCGGCUGCACAUUUUGCAGUUCUGUAAAAUCCAGUCUGACAGAAGCUCUGCACAAAUGCAACAUUGGAGGUUUGCGAACCGCUGCGCUGUUCUUUGUACAUAGCGAGGUGGCAGAAGGCGUUCAGUCAGGACUCGUUUUAAAAUGAAUUUAAGAGCCGCGGAGCUCGAUCACGCUUCAAAACAAACAAGAAGACGGAACACGAACGUGUAAAUAGGUCUCUGUCUUUGUCACGUGAAGGUGUACAGUGUUGAUUGAUGUCAUAGACUUUUAUUUUCCUGCCUCGCGCAUUAAUCGGCUUCACGUUAAUCUCUCGGUUUUUGUAUAAAUCAAGUUUCUGUACAGUCACAUAGAUUUCGUAAAGCACUUUAGAUGAAUACCAAAUCCUAGUCGGGACAGACCGAAGACAAUCUUUGUAGUGCUCCAGUAUUUCCAGAUUCUAACGCUAUAUAUUUCCACCGCGCUGCGGCUCUGUUGAAUCAGACGCCGAGCGCGGUGCGAUGCAGUAACAAAAGCGAUAAUUACUGAAAUUAUUUUGUGUAAAUAUAAAUGUCGGCGAGUCUCGACCUCCGCGCUCAUAUCGCUUUGUAAAGAUUCUAUCGACAGCGCGGUUAUUAGCUUAUGAAGCACGCUGGGAAUGCAGAACUCCCCCUUAGUGUCUCUCAGGUGCAUUAAAUCAUGUUUCCUAAAUAGGUUUCAUUUGUAUCUUCUGCUAUUUGCCUGUUCAAGCUCCUAAUAUCGUUGUGAAUAUCCGCCCUCCUCCUCCUCCUCCUCAGGUCGCCGUCACGGCGCCGUGCCGGAGGAGAGGAAGCAUUCGUCCUUCGUCGUCACAAACGCAUCUUGUCUUUUUGCAGUUUUCAGAGAUUUGGCAAGUCAGAUGAGUGGAACAAACUUUUUUUCCUUUAAGAAGGAAGUCAAAUGCAUCUGUAUAUAAAACGCUGUGUGUUUGAUUAUGAAUAGAAAUGUACUUAUUUCUUUAUUUCGCCCUCUGUCGGGGUUUGAAGUUUCCUUAAUUAACGGCUCUUUUAUAAAAACCAGAGUGCGAGUUACCCUUUAUUAUUAUUAUUAAUAUUAUUAUUAUUAUUAUUAUUAGAUGGGUCUUUUUCAUACUGUAGACACCAGAGAAGAUGAAGCUGUGUAAUUUAUUGAUUAUGGAUACUGCUUUUGUAAUGAAUUUGUGUUUUUCAGUUCUACAAAGAAGGAGCGAUAAGAGUAGACCAGCAGCAA